AUGGAGGACGCACUGAUCGAUGUCGUUGGGGAAGAAGUGAAGGAGUACGCGGAGGACGGGGCUCAGAGUCAGGACCAGUCCAGCCCGGAGGCUCACGGUGAUUCCUCCGCUCCCGUGUGUCCACCACCCAAACCCAAAGGACCUACGUCUGUCAAGCCGCCGUAUUCAUACAUAGCGCUGAUCACGAUGGCUAUCCUUCAAAGUCCAAAGAAGAGACUGACCCUUAGCGAGAUUUGUGACUUCAUUAGCCACCGCUUUGCUUACUACCGUGAGAAAUUCCCUGCGUGGCAGAACUCCAUCAGGCACAACUUGUCGCUUAACGACUGCUUCGUGAAAAUGCCACGGGAGCCUGGGAACCCUGGCAAAGGCAACUACUGGACUCUGGACCCGAACUCCGCGGACAUGUUCGAGAAUGGCAGCUUCUUGCGCAGACGUAAACGUUUCAAGCGGCAACAUUUCCGGUUCGAGGCGCUCAAAGAGCAGCACCUGGAACCUAGUAUGAUGCCAGGCUUUACGCACGGACCCUAUGGACUUGGAGCAGGAGCCCUGCCGCUCCCCGGACUGGAACUGUACCCAUACUUCCAGCACGCACCAUCUCCGUGCACCGCGUCCAUCCCGCCGGUCAGCAGUCUGCUCCCAGCUCUGUCCAGCUUCUUCUCCAGAGGCGCGCUCUCAGCCAAAGCUUAUCUCCACUCGCAGCCUCUGGCGCGGUGCGCAGCCUACAGUCCCAUAGGUCCUGGGUACGGGGCGCCGCUCUUCUCCCCCGCGGCUCCUCAACUUCUCACGGUCCAGGAAUAUCACAAGAUUCAGGAAGAGCGCUCUGUGGCCGCUCUGCCAAAACAGUGA